UGACGCGAGCACGGCGCCCUCUCUCUUGUCCAGUCCUGCAGCCAGCGGUCAACAUGCCUUUUGGCGCGGUCAAGCUCAACGAUGGCAGUGAAAUGCCCACUAUUGCCUAUGGUACAGGCUCGAAAUGGAAAGGACAUGAGAUGACUCAAUUCAUUGAGCAAGCGAUUGACGUUGGGUUCUCGCACAUUGAUUCAGCACAGUGGUACGGUACAGAAGGAAACGUUGGCGCGGCCAUCAAGGAAAGCGGACUCGCGCGUUCAGAGCUAUUUAUCACCACCAAGUAUUCUGGCACCGGCACUGCCCCUGAGGCCAUACAAGCUAGCUUAGAAAAGCUUGGGCUGAAAUAUGUCGACCUUUAUCUCAUCCACAACCCAAGAUCUGUCGGCAACGUCGCGAAGGUCUGGUCUCAGUUUGAAAAAUUCAAGGAGGCAGGAUACGCAAAGAGCAUCGGCGUGAGCAACUUCCAGCUGGACCAGCUGAAGUCGCUUCUUACUGUCGCGAACAUUGUCCCAGCGGUUAACCAGAUCUUUUUAAAUCCAUACAACUUCGCUGAGAAUAAGGCUUUGCUCGAAUUUUCGAAGAAGCACGGGAUCGUGACCGAAGCCUAUAGUAGUCUGGCGCCAAUCACACGUUACCCCGGAGGCCCGGUUGAUGAGCCUGUCAAUGCCGCUGCUAAACGUCUCGGUGCCAUGCCGACCCAGGUCAUUCUUUCCUGGGUGCGCAGCAAAGGCGUCGCUAUUGUCACGACGAGCUCUACCAAAGCACACAUGAAGGAGUAUCUCGAUACCGCUGACCUUCCACCAUUGACCGAAGAAGAGAUAGCUGCUAUUGACGAGGCGGGGAAGAACGGCCCACCCUCAGAGCUGCGAGUUCUUCUCUACCGACUCCGCCAGUACUGGAAGCCUCUUCUCUUCUUCCUUUGCAUUUAUCUAUCUUUUUGGGGCCCAGCUAUCCUGGCUCGCUUUGUCCCUUCCGGCUGUCACAAAUUCACACAGAUGUGAAGUGUUUCUUAGGAUGACUCAGCUUGCGCGUUAUGGUUUCCCAUGUAUCAGAUCCCUGGUGGCAGAGUAUAACGAAGUAGACGCGGCGAAGUAGAGUUCAAUGUCAAUUAUGAAUGCAGU